UGUGUGUGUGUCUGCCUCAAACCGUACCACAGAAGCAGCAGAAAAAAAGAAAACAGUUGAAAGCCACUGGUCUCUUCCUUCACCCUCACUCUGACUCUGCCGAGCCGAACACAAAUUAAAACAGAAAACAACACAAAAGAUGAGUUCAUAUUUCGUCAACUCGCUCUUCUCCAAAUAUAAAAGCGGGGACUCUUUACGUCCGAACUACUACGAGUGCGGGUUCGCGCAGGACCUGGCUGGCAGCCGGCCCACCGUUGUGUACGGCCCGAGCUCCGGCGCCACCUUCCAGCACGCUCCGCAAAUCCAGGACUUCUACCACCACACCGCCUCGACGCUGCCCAGCAACCCAUACCAGCAGAGCCCGUGCGCGGUCACAUGCCACGGUGAACCGGGGAACUUCUACGGAUACGACGCCUUGCAGCGGCAGACACUUUUCGGCGCCCAGGACGCGGAUCUGGUUCAGUACAGCGACUGUAAGCUGGGAGGCGCGCCCGGACUCGGGAGCGAGGACGCGGAGGGAACCGAGCAGAGUCCAUCGCCGACACAGCUCUUCCCUUGGAUGAGGCCGCAAGUAGCUGCGGGCAGGAGGCGGGGCCGCCAAACCUACAGUCGCUACCAGACCCUGGAGCUGGAGAAGGAGUUCCUGUUCAACCCCUACCUGACCCGGAAACGCCGUAUCGAGGUGUCGCACGCGCUGGCGCUGACGGAGCGGCAGGUGAAGAUCUGGUUCCAGAAUCGGAGGAUGAAGUGGAAGAAGGAGAACAACAAGGACAAGUUCCCCAGUAGCAAGAGCGAACAGGAGGCAGUGGAGAGGGAGAGGAGGGAGAAGGAGCUGCGGGAUGGCGGCAGCGGCGGAGGUGGCGGUGGUGCAGGAGGAGGAAGUGGAGAAGGAGGUGGUGGAGGAGGCUCGGUGGCGGGCACGGCGGGGUCACAGGCUUCUGUGAACGAUGAUUGCUGCGAGAAAAGCCACAAGCAAAUGUAGGGGGAGAAAGAAGAUGGGGUAGAUGGGGACAAGGUGGGUGUAAAUGUUAGGCAGGAUGGGGUGAGGGGUGGGCUGUUUUUGUCUUAACUGAGGCCACUGGACUCCCCUGCUGUCUCCACGAUUCAAUCGUUGGAAGGGAACUUGAGUUUCUAAAAAUGGUGACUGGCUAGCUAGAUGGACUUGAGAGGAAAAAAAACAUGACAAUGAAGCAAGAAAACAUAGUCUACACUAGUGUUUAAAAUAAACGUAAAAAGAAGAAAAAAAAAGAUAGCUUUCUUUCUUUGUGGAACAAUUAUCGUGGAAACAUUUCUAUAUUGUUAGAAGUUAAUCAUUAACAAUUUUAUCUUUGGCAGCUGUAUAGUUUUUAAGUUAAAAUGAUGAUGAUGAUGACGAUGAUGAUAAUGGUGCACUUUUUACUGUACUUCUCACUUCUAUGUUGUUGUUAUGGCAAUGAUUGAUGAUGAUGGUGAUGACGUAGCAAUUAAUGAAAUUUCCAACAACAUGAAACUGCCUAUUUAUGCCGUUUUAGUAGGUCGGGUCUCUUUUUUACACCCUCUAACUGUCGUUUUUUCCCUUUGUUUAUUUGUUUGUUUUGUUUUUUGAUUGGUGGUGUUUGUCUUAUGUUGUUUUCUCUUUGGGGAGGGGGGUUAAACGCAUGCGCGCAGUGCAGAUUCAAAAGCAAGAACAUUUAUAAGAAUAAAAAUGGGAAAAAUGUGAUAAACAGUCGAAGCUGAGGGUUCCUUUUAUGUCUGCACUGUUGAACUUUCUGGUUCUCUCAGUUAUCAUAGGUUAUCCUGGCAUCGUAUAAUCCCCGCCUUUCUUCUUUUGUGUCGCACACUCUCCAUUUCCUUUCCUGCAUCCUUCCAUCCUUUUCCUUUUUUAUCCCUCUUCACUCUAUCACCACGCAGACUUGCCAGACUUGAAACCGCUCAGUUCACGAGGCCAAACAUUUAGCCUUGACUCGGAAAUCUCUUCUUAAAACAACAGACAUCCACCCUCUUAAAUCUUUACGGUGACACACUCGCGCACAAUCCUCAUCCUUCCAAACAUCACUUUAUUUAUGGCGUGCCCCUCCACCUCCAUUUACAUUAUUAGAGACCUCUAAAGUUAUCAUUACACCGUGUUCCAUCAUCAUCACGGUGAUACUUGAGAUCCGAAUGUUUCCACAUGGGAAGAUCAAAUUCACGGAGCAUGAGCUUGUCCGCAUUCACCUAAACUGUGGAGUAUCCGUGAAGUCUGGGUUUGAAUGCAAUCAAAUCACUGAAUAUUUCACUGGUCGGGUUUUUAGGCGUUUGCUGGAAGUCAGAUUCAGAGUAAAGCUUUUAUAGGAAGACAAAUAGGCUUCGAAUAAGUGCACAAAUCUAACAGGCUUUGACAUCUUGAGGCAAAGUGGACCACAUUUGCAUGUCUGAAUACAGUUUCCACAAUAAAAGUACAUGCACUAAUGUAUACCUAAAUGUUCGAAAUAUUUCAUUCUGUUUGUCAUUUUUAGUUUUAAAGUAAUGAACCACAGUCAAGAAGCUUGUAC